UUUCUCUCGAGAGGGGGCGUAUUUACGAGGAAUCGAAACCAAAUUUUCCCGUCUGAAUUUCUACUGCAAUCCAUGGUCCGUCAUGAAAAUAGUAGUAUUUAUUUUAUAGUCUGAAUUUGAAAAUCUGCAUUACUAUAUAGCAUGUAGUGUUAAGUAAGCAGCCUAACUUACAUGUCACCUUAUUUGGAAAGGACCUGUAAGGCCUACUCUGUCAGUUGGGAGUAAGUGGAGCUGAAUGCAGUUUUUGUUCCCAUGGGUGAAACAGUUGUGUAAAAGUGAAAAAGUGAACAGAGAUGGGGGACAAGCAACAAGACUCAGUGGAAAGGCCAGCAGAUGGCAAUAAGAACCAAACGAGUGACUCCCUCCAACAGGUUACAGCCCCUGGAAAUUCCAAGGGGAGAAAGAAGAAGAGAGGAAAGAAAAAGAGGAGUGCCGAGAAGAUGGAGGACAAGGAGGGAGAGAUGGACAAAUCUGCCCCAUUGCAGUCUGUCCUGGUUCAACCACAAUCAGAGGAAUCUAACCCAGCCCAAUCCCCAUCAGUGCAAGCUGACCCAUCCUUAGGGCAAUCUAAUCGAGAAAAACCUACACCGGAGCAACCCAAACCAGAGACACCCAAACCAGCACAACGUAACCCUGCCCAACCACCUACAGGGCAUCAAAACCCAGCCACGCUCCCUUCAGCGCUACCCAAUCAAGCCCAACCAGAGCAACCCAAUCCAGUGCACCCUAACCUAGGCCAACCACCUUUAGACCAUCUCUCCCUAACCCAGUCAAAGGACCAGCCACCUCAAGCCCAACCACAUCCAGAUCAGGGUCCUCCAACCCGGUUAUCCACAGAUCAGUCAUCUCCACAACAGUCUUCACCAGAUCAGCCAGAUCCGUCAUCUCCAAACCAGUCAUCACCAGAUCAGUCAUCUCCACAACAGUCAUCACCAGAACAGCCAGAUCAGUCACCUCCACAACUGUCAUCACCAGAACAGCCAGAGCAGUCAUCUCCACAACAGUCAUCACCAGAACAGCCAGAUCAGUCAUCACAGUCAUCUUCAGACGAGGACAAACCUAAGAAAAAGGGAGAUCCAAACAAACUUUCCCUUCUGACCUGGAACAUAGACGGCCUGGACCUGAACGAUAUCAAGGAACGUCUCUCAAGGCUACUGGACUACCUGAUCAAGUACCACCCCGACAUUGUGCUACUGCAAGAGGUUAUUUCACCAAUUUACCAGGUUUUACAGCAGGUUCUGAAGCCGUAUCAUCUGUUGCCGGGUAGUGACAGAAGCUAUUUCACUGCCAUACUGCUGAGGAAGUCCAGAGUUCAACUUCUGGAGAGUAGCAUAGUGAAUUACCCUACCACAGAGAUGAGGAGAAAUCUGCUUAUGGCCCAUGUUUCUUUCCUUGGCAAUCCGUUGUGUGUGAUGACGUCCCACAUGGAGAGCAUGAAGCCCCAAUCCCUGGAACGCCAGAACCAGCUGAGGACGGUGUGGAAGACAAUGAGGGAGCAGCCCCAGGACCACAACGUCAUCUUUGGGGGAGACACCAACCUCAGGGACUGGGAGGUGAAAAACCAGGGCGGUCUACCCGAGAGCAUCUGUGACGUAUGGGAGUCCCUGGGCCAGCCGGAAGACUGCCGGUAUACCUGGGACUGUGUCACCAAUGACAACAAGGACCUCCCUUUCCCUGCACGUCUGCGCUUCGACCGCAUCUUCCUGAGGCAGGCCGGCGAGGGGUCAAAGGUCAGCCCUGAUGGCAUCACCCUGGUGGGCCUGGAGAGGUUGAAUGACUGUCAACGCUUUACCAGCGACCACUGGGGUCUCCUCUGCACCUUUGUCAUAAAACCUCUUGAACCUCUCAGUCAAGCAACACCUGAAUGAUACAACGGGAACAGUUAGCUGUGCAUGUCAUGUCAACCUGGAACAGCAUAGAAGACUUUGCCCAUCUUAUUUAUGUACAUUGGGAGAUUUCGACCUAGGAACGGACAGGAUUAUGGGCACAGCAAUAGUGAUUAAUGACUUCAAUUUCUAUGUUUGGCAACUGCUGCUGUUCCAAGGCACACUUUUAAUUUAUCCAGCCACAUAUUUGUCUGUGCCAACAGGUUAUGUACCCUAGUCAAGGGCACAUUCAUACUGUCUUUGGACUUGGAAGCAGAAACUAUAUUGGCUACCCUCCAGGUUAUAGUAUCUGAUUAUUUUCUAUGACUGUUUUAAACAUCACAGCAGUAUCAAGCCAAUUUCACAAUAAACACAUUUUGUUCCAGACAA